AUGAUGAGCUUCGACGGUGGCACAGCUUACGCCGAGUCCGACGCCGACGACGAGUACGAGCGAAGCAUGGGCGACCACUCCCCCAUCACCAACUCCGAGGCCUCGCCUAUAGAUUCGGAGCUCUCUACGUCGGCUGAGCACACUCCCACCACCUACGGCCACCGCAGCAGUGCCGACCGCCUCCCAGAGACCAUCAUCACCGAGUGGACCGUGGAUGAGUGUGCCGAUUUCAUCGGUACAAUUGGUCUCCAGCAGUAUGCCGAUCGCUUUAUAGAAAACGAGAUUGUUGGCGAGGCCCUUGUUGCGCUUCAGCAUGAUGACCUCAAGAGCAUGGGCAUUGCUAGUGUAGGUCAUCGCCUGACCAUCCUCAAGAGCGUCUACGACGUGAAAAAGGCUCAAGAUGUGCCCAUUGAGAGCGACCACUACCUACCCCUGUCUGCCGACGCCGAAGCGCAAUAUGCAACUGCGACGCUCAAGGACAUCAAACACCUAGUCGAACAGUUUCGGCUGCGCGAUGAACGCAUGAUCCUCCUCGAGCAGGACCUGCGACGAAUCACCGAGGACUUUAGGCGGCUGCGGGAGGACAUGCUCCCCGCCUUGCGCCUGGUCAAGGAUGCCCAGCAACCACUUCCCAACCUGAGCGGCAACAACCAAGCGGCCUACGGCUAUGAGGCGACCCUCUCACCCCCGGCGCCGACACCACCCCCAGGCCCGAGUCAACCGGGAAGUGCCGUCAAGCGACAAUACUCGACCCGCAAGAUCAUGAUCGGGGCAACGCCCAAGAACUCGUCGCCCACCCAGGCCACGCACGAGAGGUCAAUAGCCGAGACGACAUUGGAUCCUGCAAACGCCGCGGAGCGGGCCGUCCUGUCGUCUUCACACCUUGCAGCUAUGAACGGAGGAGGUCAGAGCGCAUCGUCCCCUUCGUAUCCCUCACCCAACAUGCCAUCUCCGACGUCUCCCCAGAACCACAUGUCCGGCACUACUCUUGGGUCUCGAUCCUACCGAGGAGAUGCCCCGACACCCUCGACACGAACCACCUUUAACGAUGACGGCCAUGCCAAUGCUGUGUAUACUUCCCGCGAUAAGGCUCCUCAAGGAGCUCCCCGACGACGAGAAACCCCGGUACCCGACACGCCCAGCCAAAGCAACGCCUCGGUCGAGAUAUUCAAGUCGUUCCGCGUUAGCAUGGAAGAUCCGUGUUACAAAGUUCUUCCGGCAGCGCUCAAGAAAUAUCAGAUCAAUGCUCCUUGGGACCAGUAUGCUCUAUACAUUGUCUAUGGAGAUCAGGAACGCUGCCUUGGGCUGGAGGAGAAACCCUUGAUCCUAUUCAAACAGCUGGACAAGGAAGGCAAGAAACCCAUGUUUAUGCUACGGAAGACGACAACGGCGCCGGUGGAUGGAGAACCAGGAAGUGCAGGCUUGGGCAACGCUUCAAGAGGGGCAGCAACAGGGUACGACCCCCCAGGGGGCAUUAUCUAA